ACCACCAUCACCACCGCUUCCACCUCCAACGGUGACGGUAGGUCCGGGCAGGGCCAUCCAACUUUCUUCGAUAUCAUCAUUCUGCCAAGCUCAGCCUAGGCUAACUUUAGUCCACAAAGCUCAAACCUUUUCCAUCCUGGAGCUUAGGCCUAUUUUUGUCAGGCCUUGGUCGAAACUCAACCUUGCUUCCAAGCUGUAUGUGACAUGUGAUACCCGCCAAUUCUAGGUACAACUACCAAGAGCUCGCAGCCGCUACCAGGUAAUAAGCCCACAGACAAACUCCCCAGGUUGCUUGACAACGAGGUACAUGCAACUGGCACUCGUGGGCCUCGAACUUGGUAACUUUUCUCUGCCCUGUCUCUCAUCUACCAUUCGGCCUCUGAUUGUCUUUUCGUUUCUUCCUUUUCGGCCUUUCAUAUCAUAUCAUGUCGUUCGAGGAUUCAAAGCCAUCAUCUGUAGCAGCUUGCAACUAAUGCUUCUUAUUAUCCUUUCCUUCGUAUUUCGAAGACUGCCUCUUUUGGGUUGGAUAUAUGGCCCUCUGAUUUCCAUAGCCAUGAGGUUGACCAGUCUGACUCGAUUAAAGGAGAGACAAGCCGCAAGACUCAGCAUGAAACGGAGACACGACGCUUUUCAGGAAACUCUUUCCGCCGCUGCCGCCGGUCAACCUGCCGCUAUGACGCCCGGGAAUGAGGUGCUUCGCCCUCUCGCUGCCUCUGACGGUGUUUCCGCCGAAGCAGGCUCUCUCUGGGCUCUAAUUCUCACAGUUUUCCCGGACAUUUGCCCGCACUACGUCGAAGGGGUCUAUCAAGCAGAGCAGAAACGCAUUAGAGCCUUUCCCGACGAUGCAGUGUUGAUCAAUGCGAUCCUCGAAGCCGGACCUUACCCCACCUUACAGGAGCGGAAGCGCAGAAAGAUUGAAGAGAAAGAGAAAAAUAAGGGCAAGUGGUCUCCAGAUGACGGGGUUGUGAGGGAUAAACACUAUUAUAAUUCUGCUCGAGCGCUUCUGCGUCUUGACUACCCGGAUAUCCCUGUGCAGUUUUUAAAGUCAACGCUCCAGCGUCACAUAACUCUGUACGCCGCAUACCAACAUCUUUAUUACCUCGAUUCUAAUUAUACCAACCUCGCCGACGUGCCAUACGGGCGUCUGAAAGUUGCUAGUAGACGCGAGAAGAUGCCACUUUUUGAACGCUCUCGCCUUGCCAAGGCCCACAGAGAUACUCUGACACAUGAAUUUCAGGAUGCAAGAAAUAUGCGCGUCCAGAAAGAAGAGAAGGAGCGUAAGCAAGCAGAAGCGGAUAAGUUAGAAGCAGCAAACGAGGCAGCCCACGCGGCCACUGGAGGUCUCAUGGAAUGUCAAUGCUGUUAUACUGACGCUCCCAUUAACCGCAUGAUCCCCUGUGCCGGUGACCAAUCCCAUUUUUUCUGCCAGUCUUGCAUCAAGGCAAAUGCAGAAACCCAAAUUGGGUACAUGAGAUACGAAAUCCAUUGCAUGGACACAAGCGGCUGCAACGCUUUGUUUUCUCAGGUUGAACUUGCGGAUAUCCUUGGUACUGCGCUGAUGAGAAAAAUUGACGAUCUCCGUCAACGCGAUGAAAUCGAAAAAGCUGAAAUUGAUGGGCUGGAAGAGUGUCCCUUUUGCGAUUUUAAAGCCAUCUACCCUCCAGUCGAAGAAAACCGCGAGUUUCGCUGCUUGAAAUCUGAAUGCUGGAAAGUGAGUUGCCGCUCAUGCAAGGGGGAGAGUCACGUCCCGAAAACUUGCGAUGAAGCCCGGAAGGAAAAGAACAUUCCUGUGCGCCACAAGAUUGAAGAGGCCAUGAGCGAGGCUAUCAUCCGCAUAUGCCCUAAUUCUAAAUGUAAGAUGCCUAUUGUUAAGGCGGACGGUUGCAACAAGCUGUAUUGCACGAAAUGCCGGUGGAUAAUGUGUUAUGUUUGCAAAAAAGAUAUUUCAAAGGACGGAUACCACCAUUUCACCGGCAAAGGCGGCUCAUGCCCCCUGCAUGACUACGCUCCAUCCGAGGGUCGUCAUUAUCAGGAGGCAGCCCUAGCCCAAAAGACAGCAACCGAAGAAGCGCUGAAGUCUCACCCAGAAUUGAAGGAAACCGACCUUGAAGUAGACCUACCAAAGACCACCUUUGCUGAUAUACCAGGACAAAACAUACUAGGUCUCCCAUUGGUAAAUCAGCUAUACGCCGCUAACGGUCCAGGUGCGCCACGAGUUCAUGGCCAUCAACCUGGCUUUCUUGAACGUGCUGGUAAUCAGAAUUUUCUCCCUGCUCUUCCGCAGGAGUACUUUCAGGACGACAUGGCAGAACAACCGUUCCAACAUGGUGUUCCAUGGGAUGGUGGCCCACGACCAGCUCCGGUCGUCCAAGAAAACGCCCAACCGGCGGUUAACAAUACCAACCAGCAACCUGCUGUGGGAGGACAGCUUCGCCAACGCCUUUUUGAAGAACAACGUUUCCAGCGUAACCCGGCUAAUGGCGCUAUCCCCGCUGUACGCCCAGCAGAUCUUGUUAAUACCCACGCCGCAUUGCCGGUCAAUGACGAUUUCGAAGGCCUGAAGCUCCUUCAAGACCGAUACGUCGGGCGAUUAAAUGAUCCUUUCGGAGCAGAUGCUCUGAACCAGUUUGCUAACGAAGUGAGACCCAUGAUAGACUGGCCAGAUGAUAAUUUCCUAAUAUAAAUGUAUGUUUGAGAACAAAAA